GCACCCCACUCCCUGAUGACCAACCCAAUGACACCCCAGCGAGAUCUCCCUCAGCACCACCCCGCGUCAGGAAGAAGACAACAGGGCGGCGCCCCCCUCGCCCCUCCCCACCCUCGAGGACAUCUACUCCCGAGAACUUUCUCAGAUGAAGCAGGAAGUACGGGCUCCCCAGUACAGCCUGGCGAGGCCCCGGGCUGAGGCUGCAGGCGCCGAGGCCACCACGCUGUCCAGUAUGUAUAACGGUGACCUCAUCCCGCCGCUGCCUGACCACUGGGGAAGGCCCUGGUCAGGAGGUGGCCGCCUGGGGGACUUCUCAGGGGAAGCCAACACUCAGCCUCCCUCUCCUGAGGUGGACCAGCCCUUGGCGACUGUACCGGCUCAGGUACAGACGGAGGUACCAGGGGAAGGGACGUCGUGGUCCAUUGAGGAGGACAAGGAGCACCACGCCACACCCCCGCCCCUCCCCCAGGCAGGGGCCCCACACACGUCAAGGGAAGAUGAAAAUGACGGGGCGUGGCAGGCGCGGCACCUCACCGAACAUAACGUGUCCACGGCAGGGACAGCGGCGACACCCGCCCCUGUGCCCCCGCCCCCCAGUGGUCCCCAGCACGAGGCGCGUCGCGCAGCAGACAUGAAACACGGUAGGGGAGCGGCAACACACAACUCGGAAGCGACGCAGCCGACACCGCGGGGACGGGAGGGCGCGGGGGCCUCAUGGCCGGGUGCGGGGGAGCGGGUGGAGUUCGUGACAGUGGUUCCUGGGGGCAAUUGGGACGUGUGGGGGGGUCCCGCUAUCUGGGACUCUAUCUCCUCCACCAGUAACCACUCCCUCCGCGGCUCCCCUGUCUACUCUGUGUACUGGGGCGACACGGGGGGUCCCGGUUCCCCCGCUGGCUGGCCGGAAGGUGUGUGGGUGAUCCGCGGGGGAUCCCUGGCAGCCAUCAUGGCGCUGGUGGCCACGAUAUCUGUACAGGUGGCCCGCGAUGGCCCAGCACGCAGGGCCUCUGUGGCUGAGGGUCCCACCCGCGUGCUGCACGGCCAGCACGCCACGCUGGCCACCAACCUGGCCACCUCGCUCGCCUCAGCGCACGUCCUCCUUAUCUUCGGCAUCCAGGCCACAGGAAGAGCGUGGGUGUGUGGAGUAGUGGGUCUCCUCCUCCACUUCCUCCACCUGGUGUCCUGCUUCUGGCUCCUGGCUCUCACCACACGGCUCCUGGGCUCUCUACUUCAGCGCCCCGCCAUGCACACCGCCUUCUACUGCGCCUCUGCCUGGGGUGCCUCGCUCGGCCUCGUGGUGGUAUCCUACGUGGUAAAUCCUGAAGGAUACGAGACGAGAAGGUACUGCUGGAUGUCCGUGGAGCGAGGGAUGCUGGUGUCAUUUAUCGUGCCUGUAUGUUCUCUUAUUCUGGUGAACGCGGGUCUGUGCUUGGCGGCUCAGAAACUCCUGCUGGACAUGCGCGAGGGAGUGAAGCACGAGGUGAUGGCGGUGCACAAGCGGGACCUGCGGGGCGCCGUGUGUCUGCUGCCGCUGGAGGGCGUCUCGUGGUUCCUGGCGGUAGUGGCGCUCGAGGACCACCAAAGCCUCGCCCUAGAUUGUGCAGCAGCCCUCGUCAGCGCCUGUUUGGGGUGGCUCAUUCUGUACUUCCACGGGUGGUCAUGGAGGUGUCACGGCCUCUGCUGGCUGCGACACCGCCUCCAUUCCUCCUCCACAUCCUCAACCUCCUCCACCUCCUCCCGCCGGAUGGAAGACCUCUCCCUCCCGCUCACCGCCCGCUACGACCACGACCUCGCCCAACAACCACUCCUGCACCCCGUCCCGCCGCCCCCACCGCCCCCUCUCCCCGCCCAAGGAACCGUCACCGUCACUCCUGCCCCCUGCCCCCCCACAGCCGUCACCCCGCCCCCUCCCGCUCGGCCAGAAGAGUUCCCCCUUCAGCCUAUCUUCCCGGGGCACGAGCGGCGGGAGGUCUACUGAAGAAGGCGCCGACGAAGGGAAGCGCACACGGGUGGUGGCUGACACGCGUUCUCAAUCAGUGCACACACACACACACACACACACACACACACACACACACACACACAGCGAAGAUAACAAGGCCCUAAUGAUUCUGGGAGAGAGAGAGAGAGAGAGAGAGAGAGAGAGAGAGAGAGAGAGAGAGAGAGAGAGAGAGAAUGUAUGACACGACAAUAGAUGGAGAAAAAAAUAAAAAGGUAAACAAAUCAGAGAAAAGAAAGAAAAGAAAAAAAGAAGUAUGCCUUCAUUUUUUCUUCCAAAGCGUGAUGAAAAAUAUACACCGAAGGAAAGAAAUGGAAAGAAUAAAAGAUAAUUUCUCAAGCGGAUCUGGUGAAGUUGUAAGGAAAACGAAAAGAAAGACAAGAAAAAAAAUAAAGAAAAUACACGAGAGAAAGAGAAAGGAAGAAAAAAACUCACCACAAACAAAA